UCGUUGUUUCACGAAACGCUUGCUAAAUUCUUAAUUUCAAGAGCGUUCAUUUACGUAGAUGUUUCAGAAAUAAACAUGGCGUCCGCAGUUCUCCGAUCAAGCGGACGACUGUGUCAAAACUCGGUAUUAAAGCAUGCAGUGAAGGCGUUGUCAGUGCCACAGACCUCCCAACAGAAAAGAAAUCUCUCCCUCCAUGAAUAUUUAUCUUGGGAUCUUCUCAAAGAAGCUGGAGUUAAGGUCCCUAAAUACAGGGUUACAGAGAGUGUUAAAGAAGUCCAAAGAAUAGCAGAGGAUUUAGUGAAUGAAACUGGGAAUCAAGAUGUAGUAGUCAAAGCACAAGUCCUGGCCGGUGGCAGGGGAAAAGGAACAUUUUCCAGUGGUUUGAAGGGUGGAGUUAAACUAGCCUUUUCCCCAGAAGAAGCCGAGGGUUUGGCAAGUAAAAUGAUUGGUCAUAAAUUGGUUACAAAACAGACCGGUGAGGCUGGCAGAAUCUGUAAUACUGUGAUGAUCGUAGAAAGAUUAUACGCUCGUAGAGAGUUCUAUUUCGCAAUCGCAAUGGAGAGAGCUUUCCAUGGUCCAAUUAUGAUAGGCAGCUCACAGGGUGGUAUGAACAUUGAGGAAGUUGCUAAGGAGAAUCCCACCGCUAUAAUAAAGGAGCCCAUUGAUAUAACAACAGGGGUAACCCGAGAACAGGCAGUCAACUUAGCAGCAGAUAUGAGUUUCGAUGCUCUUAGUAUUGACCAGGCAGCUGAUACGUUUUUGAACCUGUAUAACAAUGUGUUUUUGAAGUACGAUGCUACAAUGUUGGAGAUCAACCCCAUGGCAGAGGACAGCAAUGGCAAUGUGUAUUGCAUGGAUUGUAAAUUGAACUUUGAUGACAAUGCUGCAUAUAGACAGCAAGAAAUUUACCAAUUACGUGAUUGGACUCAAGAAGAUUCUAGAGAACAGAGUGCGGCCAAAUCAGAUCUAAACUACAUUGGUCUGGAUGGAAGUAUCGGGUGCCUUGUGAAUGGUGCAGGUUUAGCUAUGGCAACUAUGGACAUUAUCAAACUGCAUGGUGGACAGCCAGCUAACUUUUUAGAUGUUGGUGGUGGAGCAACUUCUAAACAGGUCACAGAGGCAUUUAGACUUAUCACAUCGGACCCUAAUGUAAACUCUAUUCUUGUGAACAUAUUUGGUGGAAUCAUGAGGUGUGAUGUGAUAGCACAAGGCAUUGUACAGGCUGGGGAAACGUUAGAUCUUAAAAUACCAAUUGUGGUACGAUUACAAGGUACACGGGUAGAAGAUGCUAAGGCCAUAUUGGCAGCCAGUCCACUUCGAAUGUUUGCUUCAGACGACCUUGAUCAAGCAGCUAAAAUGGCUGUAAAAUUAGCUGGCAUUGUGACCUUAGCAAAAGAGGCGUCAGUUGGAGUGACCUUUGAACUUCCUAUUUAGUGAUUAAAGAUCUUUUUAACCCUUUAGUAGUUUAAAUGUACUAUCUGUUACGGCAUUCAUUUUUGUUGGCAGUCAGUAUUGCCAAAAGUUUCUGUGUAAUGUUUUGUUUUCAAAUUUGAUCUGGAUAUAUUAAAACCUAACAACUGGCAAAACGUAGUUUCAUGCUCUCCAUUAUAAAACACGAAUGUAUUAAUCAGUGUUAUGCACUGGAACAAGCACGUAAAAGGGGAGACUAUCUCAUUUUAAGGCAAAAAACGGGUACUAUAUUAUUUUCUCAUACAGUUUUCAGUAAGUUUAUAAUACUCAGUUUUCUUUAUUGUUAAUUUCUUUAGAGAUAAACUUGUUUUUAAGCUUAUAACAUGGCUUAAUUUCUAAAAGAACAUGAUUGAACAUUGUCUGUUCUGUAACUGUUGAUGCACUGACCGGUGAAAUUAUAUGAUUAGUCAGUUAUGAUAUCUACUUCAUUUCUAUCAUAUUUUAAUGAGCAUGUCAGAAUGAUAAUAAACAAGGCUUUCUAGUGGUUUAUCGUCAGAUUUACCACAGUUUAUCGUUAAUAUGCUGGACAUUAAAGAAUUCAGGCUUAUUCCCCUGUGGUUCAAUUCCAGCAUAUCUUAACACCUACUGUAGUAAGUCUGAUGAUAAUAAACAAUAUGAGCCAUGCCAUGGGAAAACCAACAUAGUGGGUAUGCGACCAGCAUGGAUCCAGACCAGCCUGCGCAGUCUGGUCAGGAUCCAUGCUGUUCACUAACAGUUUCUCCAAUUCCAAUAGGCUUUAAAAGCGAACAGCAUGGAGCCUGACCAGACUGCGCGGAUGCUGGUCGUAUACCCACUAUGUUGGUUUUCUCAUGGCACGGCUCAUAUGAAUACAAUAUGUGAAGAAUAAAGUGCCAUGUGAAGUUUACAUCUUAUAAUGAGUGAUUUGAGGCUACUUUAACAUUUAGUACAUUUAUACAAUACUGGGACGAUAAUUUAUACAGAACUUUUAUCAAAUAUUUUGAAGUGGAAUUGUUAGAAUAAGUUUGAUUGGAUGAUGAUUAGGUUUGCUGAAUGAAUGAUGUUUGUU